UCUUCUUUUUGGCUCUAGGAGCGAGCUGCUUCGUGUCGAAAUGGGCAAGUUCAUGAAACCCGGGAAGGUGGUGCUGGUCGUGGCCGGACGGUACUCUGGGCGCAAGGCCGUCAUCGUCAAGAACAUUGAUGAUGGGACCUCCGACAGGCCUUAUAGCCAUGCCUUGGUGGCUGGUAUCGAUUGCUACCCUCGAAAAGUGACUGCAGCAAUGGGCAAAAAGAAGAUUGCCAAGAGAUCGAAAAUCAAGUCCUUCGUGAAAGUUUAUAACUACAACCACCUCAUGCCCACCAGAUACUCUGUGGAUAUCCCACUGGACAAAACAGUUGUCAACAAGGAUGUGUUCCGUGACCCUGCACUUAAAUGUAAGGCAAGGAGGGAGGCCAAGGUCAAGUUUGAGGAAAGGUACAAGACAGGCAAAAACAAGUGGUUCUUCCAGAAGCUACGGUUUUAGAGCUGCUGUGUUGGUCAGUGAAUAAAAUGUUUACUAAAAAUGAAAA